CCCUAUGGGAAUGACAUUUCUCAAAUUGCAGUGGAUGUGGAAUUUCAGACAAAAGACAGAGUCAGGUUUAAGAUCUAUGAUCCGAACAACCUUCGGUUUGAAGUUCCCCUCAAGAUUGAAUCCCCACCUCUUGCUGCUGAGGACACCAGCUAUGACAUCGAAUUUGUCAGUGAUUCAUCUAUUCAGUUUAAAAUCAUAAGAAAAGCCACCGGAACAGUGUUAUGGGACACCUCUCUCGUGAAUCUCAUAUUUUCUGACCAGUACCUUCACAUCACAACAAAUGUCCCAUCCACUUCUGUAUAUGGCUUUGGUGAAAAUCAACAUCCAUCCUUCAAGCAUAAUAUGGACCAUAUAACAUAUGGCAUGUAUUCUAGGGAUCAACCUCCACAGAUGUAUGCAAAUCUUUAUGGAGUCCACCCUUUUUACAUGUGCAUAGAGAGCGAUGCAAAUGCUCAUGGUGUCCUCCUCCUGAAUUCCAAUGCACAAGAUGUCACAUUGAAUCCAGAGCCAUCUUUGUCCUUUCGCACCAUUGGAGGGAUUCUUGAUUUCUAUGUCUUCCUCGGCCCAACCCCUGAAAACGUAGUCCAGCAAUACACAGAGGCUAUUGGACGACCACAUCUCCCUCCCUAUUGGUCUCUGGGGUACCAGCUCUCACGAUGGGGAUAUUCUAACAUUGAUGUAUUAAAGCAAACUGUUGAACGCAUGGAGCAGUACAGCAUCCCAUAUGAUGUCCAGUAUGGAGACAUUGAUUACAUGGACCACCAGCUCGACUUCACUUAUGACAAAGAAAACUAUGCAGGCCUGCCAGAGUUCAUUCAAGAAUUGAAGAAUGAUGGAUUGCACUAUGUUAUUAUUCUGGUAAAUUAG